AUGCCCGAGGGCCCCGCCGCGCCCGCCUCGCCCCGAGCACCCGCGGCGGCCUCGCCGUCGACUCGGCCCCCGGCGCUGGGGUCCCCCCGGGCGGCCGGCCCGCGGCGGGGCGCCGGCGUCCCGCAGAAGCUGGCCGAGACCCUGAGCAGCCAGUACGGGCUGAACGUGUUCGUGGCGGGGCUGCUGCUGCUGCUGGCCUGGGCCGUGCACGCGGCGGGCGUGGGCAAGCGCGACCUGCUGUGCCUGCUCACGGCGCUCAUGCUGCUGCAGCUGCUCUGGAUGCUGUGGUACGUGGGCCGCAGCUACGCGCAGCGCCGCCUCAUCCGCCCCAAGGACACGCACGCCGGGGCGCGCUGGCUCCGCGGUAGCAUCACACUGUUUGCAGUCAUGACCAUCAUCCUGGGUUGCUUCAAAAUUGGAUACUUCAUUGGAUUUUCAGAGUGUUUGUCAGCCACGGAGGGAGUUUUCCCGGUCACUCAUGCAGUGCACACACUGUUGCAGGUAUAUUUUCUUUGGGGCCAUGCAAAGGAUAUUAUCCUGUCUUUCAAAACACUGGAAAGGUUCGGGGGGAUCCACUCAGUGUUCACGAACCUGCUGCUGUGGGCCAACAGCGUCCUGAACGAGUCCAAGCACCAGCUGAAUGAGCACAAGGAGCGGCUUGUCACGCUGGGCUUCGGCAACAUCAGCACAGCUCUGGAUGACCACACGCCACAGUGUAACUGUACGCCGCAGGCCCUCUGCUCAGCCAUCUCCCACGGGAUCUAUUACCUGUACCCCUUCAACAUCGAGUACCAGAUUCUGGCCUCCACCAUGCUUUACGUGCUCUGGAAGAACAUCGGGCGCAGAGUGGACAGCACGCGGAGGCCAAAGAUGCAGUGCAGGCUCGAUGGGGUUCUGGUGGGUUCCACGCUGGGUCUGACCGCGCUGGCCGCCACCAUAGCAGUAGUGGCUGUGUAUUUGAUCCACAUUGGGCGCUCCAAGUCCAAGAGUGAGUCAGCCCUCAUCAUGUUCUAUCUGUAUGCCAUCACCCUGCUGCUGCUUAUGGGGGCCGCUGGGCUAGUGGGAAGCUGGAUCUACAGGGAUGACGAAAAGUCGUUGGAUGAAUCUAAAAACCCAGCCCGCAAACUGGAUGCCGACCUCUUGGUGGCCACAGCCUCAGGCUCCUGGCUCCUCUCCUGGGGCUCCAUCUUGGCCAUUGCCUGUGCUGAGACUCGGCCGUCCUACACUUGGUACAACCUACCCUACUCAUUCCUGGUCAUUGUGGAGAAGUACGUCCAGAACCUCUUCAUCAUUGAGUCUGUUCACCGCGAGCCGGAAGGGAUCCCUGAGGACAUCCGCACUUUGAGGGUGGUCACCGUCUGCAGUGGGGAGGUUGCUGUACUGGCUGCUUCCUGCCUGGGGAGCCAAGGGGUUGCUGGGGACAUGGAUUCCAGGGGUGGGGAUGGGCCACCUGUCAUCAAUGGGAAUAUGUGUCUACAACAAGGCUGUGGCCAAGAAGACCAGGAGGCUGGCUGGGAAGGGGCCAGGGGCCUAGGCCGCCUUCCUUGCUUCCUGCAGGGUAAUGCCAAGAGGAAAGUUCUCAGGAAUAUUACAGCCUUUCUGUUCCUCUGCAACAUUUCGCUUUGGAUCCCUCCUGCCUUUGGCUGCCGCCCUGAAUAUGACAACGGAUUGGAAGAAAUUGUCUUUGGCUUUGAACCCUGGAUAAUUGUGGUCAACUUGGCCAUGCCCUUUUCUAUUUUCUACCGGAUGCACGCAGCUGCCUCCCUCUUUGAGGUCUAUUGUAAGAUUUAGCCUGGAUUCACAUGAAUGGAGAAGGAGCCACGAACAAGGGAGCUCAGGAAACCACCUGGGAAGAGCCAGGCCAGGCAAAUAUUGCCUGACAAAUGAAGCAAGGGUGCCUUUUGUCUAUUCCAUUGUGUUCCUGUGGGUGGGAAUUAUCCAUCACUCUGGCUGAAGGCAAAUGGCUCAAAUGAAUAGAGUGGCAGAAAUCUCUCCUUGACUGUCAGUCAUCCCAUCCUAAUAAAAUCCAAAUUAUUUGUGAUCUCUUUCUAGCUGAGAUUUUAGAAGAGUGUGAUCUGAAGUUGAGAACAAAUUACCCACUUUUUAUAGAGAGAAGCCUUUUCUGUUUAUGUAACUACAUACCACCACCUUUUCCUGAUCAACUGCACAUAAAUCACUUAU